AGCAGAGGGACAGAAGACAGGUCCUUUGUUUUACAAAGUUUCUUUUCAAAACACUCAUUUAUUUCACUGUAGUAGUCCUGUAUUUCACAAGUAGUCCCAUUCAUGAGUACUUUCAUGCGAAGCAAGGGGAUUUGCAGGGGAAGUCUGGCAUAAAACAACUCCAAACUGGACUAAUGUUGCCGUUGCUUUCUAAGUUUGGCUCAGCAUGCGUCCCAUAGAAGGGAAAAGGGAUAAGCCUCUGUCUUAAAAAUGUCAAAACAGCCAGCGUCACAUGUCAAAGCCAUUCAGGCUAAUAUUAACAUCCCAAUGGGAGCAUUUCGACCUGGUGCAGGCCACCCUCAUAAAAGAAAAGAACUUGCACCUGAAGAAGUGGAGGAGAGUGUUCCUGCUUCGACAGAGGAGGAGAAAGACAAGAAACAUCUCCCAGGGGCUAAGAAACUUCCAGGUCCUGCUGUCAACUUGUCAGAGAUCCAGAACGUAAAGAGUGAGCUAAAAUUUGUCCCAAAAGCUGAACAGUAGCUGGAACAAGCAGGUCUGACAAGAGAAAAUGAAUGGAUUCCAAUGAAUGGAGAUAAUUUGAAAUGCUUUAUAUAUCUGUAUGAAGACUGAACUUCCUAACUCCGUGGUAGCCCAUAGGAAGCAUCUUCUUUGUACAUUUAUAUCAACACUUUUCUGUUGUCCGUUUUGUUUAACAUAAGAAAGUACCACUGAAAUAAAAAACAAACACAACUAGUAAUGUGUGUGUAUAUAUUCAGGAAUUAUUUUGACCUCAGAACAGGGAAUAGUGUAAUUUGAAUUUUGAGUGAAAGUAGAAUACUUUUUUAAAAAAAUAAUCAAUAUUUGCAAUUAAUUUGGUUUCUUUCCUUUUGAAAAAAAAUCAAUAUGGACAAAACAGUUUUAAAAUGAUUUGACAAAAUGCAGAAUAAAUUAAGAAUGUAACAUCUAAUUUCCUGUAGUGUACUCCUAGUUAUAGAACAGGAAUAAUGUAUCAAGUGUAAUAAAGGAAACUAAAAUAUUAAAAGGGAUGUUCUUUCUGGUGAGUUUAACUAAAUUUCUCUUAUGUUGUAGAGCCAAAGUAUUUCUUUUUCUUGAGAAUCUAAAAUGCACUGGUGUUCUGAUAUUUAUGCAUCACCUUCACUUUGCACAAUGAAAAUACAAGAUGUGAUCUAGCUCACAGAAAACCUGCAACCUUUAUUAAAAUAAACAGGUCAUCCAGCCUCGAUGGAACAUGCCCCUGAGUAUAGGUUGAAGGAUUACUAUCUUCAAAAGCCCAAAUGAAAAGGGGACUUUGAAAUACUGGUGCCGAGCAAAAAUCAUGUAUGAUCACAGCAACCCUUUCGUACAGUGAUUAAUCCCUGACACUUGUUUUAUAUGGACUGUACAUAAAUGAAGACUGUUUGAUGCAUAUUCUAUUUUUGGAAAUGAGAUCUUAUUGUUAAGAGAAAUGUAAUGCACUGUGUCUCCUUGGUCGCUCGUGUUAUUUACUGUUAAUGGAUUAGAGGACCUGUUUUGUAAUAAUAUUCCUACUGUUGAUUGAAACUAUUCUACAUGCUCUGAAACUCUCUGCCUGGCUCUUGUUUAUUCAAUUAAAAUAAAGAUAAUUAUUCUGGUUAGAAAACAGAUUUCAAGUUGAAUAUUACUAACAAUGACAUCCAUUUAAUUCUCAUUUGCUCCAUCAGAUAACACAAAAGCUAACUGGCAAUAUUUUUUUAUUUUAAGUUAUUACAUGUGCUUUGUACAGGAAAUUAGAAAGGAGCUGUACUCAUUGCAACUCAAUUAAAAGGACAUGUUCUACUUUCCAUAUACAAUACCAACGUUGCUUACCAUCCUGCUUCAUCCUUAUAGCUC